CAAAUUGUAAGUGCGACGGAGAAGAUCAGGAACAGAGAAGCAAGAGCGCCAUUUUACGCACACUUGCUUCAUGUUCCAUCAUGAGUGAUUAUUCAGCGGUUGCUCCGCCUACGAAUUUUAGUCAAAGUUCUGCAUUUGCUGCCGCACUUCAGCGUGCCAGACAGAUUGCAGCAAAGAUCAACCCGGGUGGAGCAGCGGCCGGCGACGCUAGUGGUCAGAAGAGGCCUUUAGAAGACGGCUCAGGUAUGGACUGGACAGAGCCGGAAGCGAAGAAAGUGGCAGCGGUGAGCGACCCGGCUGGCGCGCAGCUGGCAGCCCUGCGAGCGCAGCAGGUGACGUCCCCGGGAGCAGGCGGCGCGGCGGCUCAGGCGGCUGCCCAGGCGGCGGCGGUAGCAGCCAGAGUGGCGGCGGCAGCGGCGGCGGGCCUGCAGGGCCUGGGGGUCGGCGUGAGCAUCGGCCCCGUGCAGAACGAGGACAUCCGGGUGCCCGACAAGAUGGUCGGCCUCAUAAUCGGGAGGGGAGGCGAGCAGAUCACGCGUCUGCAGAACGAGUCUGGCUGCAAGAUCCAGAUGGCGCCUGACAGCGGGGGCAUGCCGGAGAGAGUGUGCACUCUGACGGGCAGCAGGGACUCCAUCAACCGAGCCAAGGAGUUGAUCAUGAACAUCGUCCAGCAGAGGAGCCGCACGGAAGGAGUUGGGCCCGGCAUGGGCGACAUGAACAUGGGAGGAGGCGGCGGCCCGGGCAACCACUCCCACCACGUGCUGGUGCCCCGGGCGGCGGUGGGCGUGGUGAUCGGCAAGGGCGGGGACAUGAUCAAGAAGAUCCAGAACGAGACGGGGGCCCGGGUGCAGUUCCAGCAGGGCCGCGACGACGGCCCGGGCGAGCGCCGCUGCCUGCUGACGGGCAAGCCCAACCAGGUGGAGCAGGCGCGCCGCCGCAUCGAGGAGCUCAUAGACAGCGUGCUGCGGCGUGACAGCGAGAUCGGCCGGGGGCGGGGGCGCGGCGGCCCGGGGGGCCCCCCCUUCGACAGGAUGGGCCGCGGUGCGGGGGGAGGUGACUUCGGCAACGGGGGCUGGGACCGGCGGCCGGGCGGCAUGCAGCAGGGCGGCCAGAUGGACAAGCAGGAGGCCACCGCCACCUUCACCAUCCCCGCCGCCAAGUGCGGCAUCGUCAUCGGCAGAGGUGGGGAGACGAUAAAGCAGAUAAACCAGCAGACUGGCGCGCACUGUGAGCUGGACAGGCGGCCGUCUGCCAACCCUGCCGAGAAGAUAUUUGUGAUCCGCGGCGCGCCCGAUCAGAUAGAGCAGGCCAAGCGGAUCAUCAGCGAGAAGAUAGGCAUGUCUCUGAUGCAGCCUCCGGGUCCGGGCGGCCCCCCCGCGCAGUACCCCAUGGGCCAGGGCCCCCCGGGGGGGCAGGGGCCGCCGCAGCACUUUGCCCCGCAGGGCUGGGGCGGAGGGGGGUACCAGCCGUGGCAGAACCAGCAGCACCCCAACGACCCGAAUGCCCCGGGAGGAGGGGGCGGCGGCCAGGUGCAGGUGAACCCCGCGACGGGCCAGCCGGACUACAGCAUCCAGUGGGCCGAGUACUACCGCUCCCUGGGCAUGCACCGCGAGGCUGAGAUGAUAGAGCAGCAGGCCAAGCAGGCCAUGCAGCCCCAGCAGCCGCAGCCCGCGGCUCCGCAGCAGCCGCAGCCCGCGGCGGCCACGCAGAACGGCCAGCCCGACUACAGCGCCCAGUGGGCCGAGUACUACCGCUCCAUCGGCAAGAUCAAGGAGGCUGAGGCCAUAGAGGCCCAGAUGAAAGCCGGCAAGCCGGGAGGCGGCGGAGGCCCGCCGGGACCCCAGCAGCCACAGCCGCAGCCCGGCCCGGGACCCCAGCAGCCCGGUCCCGGACCACAGCAGCCGCAGCAGCCCGCGUACGGCCAGCCGUACGGCUACCAGGCCACCAGCUACUACGGCGCUGCCCCAGUGUUUGCUCCAGGCCCUCAGCCCCCUCCGCAGAGCCAACAGCCUUAUAACUACCCCAAUUACGGGGGGUACGGGGCUCAGCCCGGUGGCCCAGAAAACCAAUAAUGAAGAUAUCUGGUACCGCCAUAGUCAUAAGUUCUCCGAUGUCGAAUGACACUGAUUCCAUGUCCUGUGAACGGUCGAUUCAUGCAAAAUGUUCUUCUAGAUAGAAAGUUUUUUGUAUCUCAAAUAUUGAAUCGUCGCCUGAAUUGUCCUUGUAACGUAAAUGCUUGAAAGUAAGAUAAUUUUGUAUCAUUUUGUUCUCAUACUUGUGCUCUUUAUAAGUUUUCUGAAUGUGUUAUUUAACAAUUAAAUGUUAUGUUUAUAAGUAUUGAGAAUAGUAAGUAUGUUAUUCCUGAGUCUGUUGAGAGGGAAUAGCUUUCAUUCACUAACUGAGGUUAAAAUAGACACUUGUAUCUCGUGGCGUUGCUAGUGGGUCAGCUAAGUAGAACUGUGCAAGUGGUCGUUAGCAAGCGGUAAGCUAUUGAGGUGUUGUGGGUGGCACAAGAAGAAACUCCCCGAGCAUGCAGAGUGGUAAAGAAGGCUGCAUGCUGGUGGGUUUGGAAGAGACAGUAAGGUAACUGUAAUAUUUACAUUUGCACCAACGACAGAGUAUUGUCUAUUUUUCAUUCAGUCUCUCACGUGACUCUUUUACAAAUUGGACCCAGCUGGCUAUGGACUGAAAAAUUAGCUUUUUUUUCUGAUGGAUUUGUUAAUGUUAAUGCUAGUUCAUAAGUAGAAGUGUCGUUUUCAUAGAAGUUUAAAAAAUGUCAUGCUGAAUUUUUAGUUUCUUUUAAUGAAGUUGUGGUUGUCCAAUGGAGGUGGUGUUCGCAUACCCUUUUAAUACUCCCCAUCAGUUGUUUACGAAGUUCUGUUCGGUAACGGUUAACAUUUUCUUAUUUCACAUUGUGAAAGACUCCAGAUUUACAUUACUUGUAUCUUUAACUGCAUUUGUAUUAAGUGCAUUUUAUAUGAGUAUGAUGCAUGAUUUUGUUGUAACUUGUUACAUUUUUAUUUACCUUCUAGUUACAAUACAUGUCGUUAAUUUAUCAUUGAAGGAAAUGGUAGUUUGUAAAAAAAAAAUAUAAAUGUUAAUUAUUUUCAAGGGGUUCAUUACAUGUGUUGUUGGUGCAAAUGUACACAGUGUGUGGAGUACCUCAUAGAAAUAUCAGAUAAUGUUUAUAUAAACAUAACAUGUUCAAACAGAAACUGUGUUUGGUUUUAAACUAAUGUAGAAUAAAGUGCUAGUAUUUUAAAAUUCGAAAAACCUGUGUUCAGAUUUUUUGUGAAUCUACUCACCAAAGGGAAUUUGGAUGUACUUCACUGUCUAGUAAUAAAAUGAAGUUUUUUUUUGUGCUGAAA